UGUACUUCACAACAGCGGGUGUUAAGUGCUGUGUGGCGGCCGUAAAAAGUCGCCCAGACUUCAUCUCAGUGUUGUUUUUCGUUUUUCAGGGACCAAUUUCGGUUAUCAUUCGGUAUCAUUCGGUCCAUAUGUAGACACAUUGGUCAAGAAGGCUGACCCAAAAGGGCGAGACAUAGUUCAAGUAUUCAGAGAAGAUAUUGCCGAUGUCCACGAUCUUGACAUGUUCAUGAAUACGCCCAAAGAUCAGUUUUAUCGUGCGGCACGAAUUCACCAAGACCCUCAAUGGAAGUUUUUAUUGAAAGCCUACACGGUUCCUAAAUACGCUAAGAUUUUUACCAACUUCAUCUUGUUUCCGGGUUCUCUAAUUGCCAGAUCUACGAAGGCUGUAGCGGAAGUGCCACAAUCGGUCUUUACGCACAAUAACCCAGACGUACGUGAGGUGCCAUUGUCUUCAGCUUUCACUUCCGGUACCGCACGUGGGUAUGCUAAAUUGUACGGUAUUCUUGCUAACGGAGGGGCGGAUGGGAAGUAUCGCUUGUUGUCAGAAAAUGCUAUUUAUAAACUAGGGACGUCUGUAGUGUCUGGUGUGGACGCAGUUUCUGGACUAUACGAGUCCUAUAGCACAGGGAUGCACAUAAUGGAGAAUCCAAAGAGACAACCAGUGUUUGGACAUCCGGGUCACGGAGGUCAGAUUGCACUAGCAGACUUGAACAAUGGUCUUGGUAUAGCAUUUCUCACUAACUACAUAACAGUCUAUGCGCAAGGUGACCAUCCACGAUAUUUGGCUCUUGUCCAAGAAAUUUAUAAUUGUUUGGACGAUUAUUUAAAGAGCAAACAAUAAAAGUCAUUAUAACUUGGUUUAAAACAGCGUGUGUAUAUCUUAUAGGUAGCUAUGUAUCAUGUAUCUGUUAACUAUUUAGAUGUUUAACCACAUCAACUUCUCCACGAACAUAAUGGAAGUUGUGUGCAAAGAUAUGAGCAUUGAGCUAAAACUUAGUUGUUAAGCAGAAACAGGACAGAUUAGGUUAAGAUGAUAUGAACAAAGUUGAACUAUAGUCAAUCUACUGCUAAAUAUUUUAUUGUGUCUCCAAAUUUAGACACUAGAUGUGUGCCAAAAGGACACUGGCACCCCCAUGUCCUGUCACUGUACACGGUUGACUCUAAGUGAAAUAGUUUUAAAGACCUGCUCCAGUCCUACCUUUUAACCUAAUAUAGUCACUAAAAAGCAUGAAAAUCCUGACUAUGAACUAUAAAAUAACGUGUAGCGCGUGGCCUUUAACUGUUACCAAUUGUAAUCACGGGUUGCAUACACGCAAAUGAAUUUGAAUUGCCGCGGAGCAGUGCUUUAAGAUAUAUGCAACAUCAACUUUUAAGAACAUUACGAGGGGUAUUCAGUAAAUACCCGGAAAAGUGCUCUCCAUUCCAUACUUCAUGUAUCAUCAAACAUAAUUGAAAUCGCUAUAGAUAUAAUGUAGACUAGGGAAAAGAUUCUACUGAGUAUAUAUGUCAAAAUUUUAUUGUCUCUGGAUAAAUAAUAAGUACAUGCUAGUCCCCAUGGCAAUGUCAUGUAACCUCAUCCGGUCCAAGUUUUUCUCUUUUUCUAUUUUACAUGCGCAACGUACCUUUUCUUCAAGCUACCUUUCCUUAAAUUGGGCGAAUAUUAAUGUGAAGUGCAUGCAUUACGCCAAUAACGUCAAAUUAUAAAUGUAACAUAAUUAAAAUGUUUGGCUGGUAUGUUGUGAUUUCAUGGAUUGAAAAUCAGAGUUGAACGCAGACAUGGGAUAACACUUUAUGUUUUGAAUCGAAAAUCAAGGAAAGAGUCAAAUGCUGCAAAAUGUUAAAGGGCCUGAAGAAAACAAAAAUCAAAUAGUGGAGAUGGAACGUUCAAAAGUGGUCAGGAGGAUAUUGCCGACGAUCCGUGGUACAGAUAUGAACAAUAAUGUUCAGGCACGCUUUUAUAAAUUUAAAAGCUCCUUGAUACGACUGUGUAAAAUAUAUAACAAUCCUCUUACGGUUUAUUAGUUAAUGACUCUAAGUCAAAUAUUUUUUGAGAUGCAUGCGAUACAUACUUCUAUGCAUAUUUUUGACUAAAUCUAAUUAUGUUUUAUAAUCCUCGGUCCAGUUCUUUUGGGUUGCAUGUCUAACAAACUUUUAGACACUUUUAAUGCAUGUUUUUGACAGCAAAGCCAAGGGCCAAAACUAUUGCCUGGCUGUAUGAAAUCCGAAGUAAAACACCAAAUGCGUAAUUGACGUGCAAAAUGCCAGUCCUUGUGGUUUGGUGGCUUUGCGUAAACGCAACGCAAAGUGCCCCUCCCCUAAGGAAAUAAGGUAAAGACAAAUAUGGGGGUAGGGACACAAAUAGAAUUUUAUUAAUUUAGUAAGUAAACAAAACAACAAAUUAGUAAGUAAACAAAACAACAAAUAUUUUGCUGAGCGAGCAACGCGAGCAUGGCAAUAUAUACGCACCUUUUCUCUUCUUGAUCUUCUUGAUCGAAGAAAUGGAUAAGAAAAGAAACGAACUAUAGGUUUACUGAUUUGAACAACGCCCACUAGGGUACAGUCGUUUGUAUGCUAUGCUGAUUUAAAAUUUUGAAAUAGUAUUACUUAAUAGGCUCUUUACAAAAUGUAUUUAAAAGAUGUCCAAAAUUUAAAAUUUAUCCUACGUCAGCGAAGAUCUAAACUAAAAUGGUAAAAUCAGAAUGGUUAGAAGCAUUAAGAACAAUAAGCACUACCUGGGCCCAUAUCUGACAACAUUCUUAUUUGUAAUUCAAAUAUCUAAAAAAAAUCUAGGUACCAUUAAUAGACUCGAUCAAACCAAGUCUGCUAUUUAUUUUCUUUGCUGUAAAUUUUAUUUCCUUUAUAACGCAUAUAAACUGUUGAAUCUUUGUAUAUAUAUUUCAUUGUUGUCGUAUAAGCUAUAUUAUUUACAGAUUGUAUUAAGGUUGACAAAUAUAUAAGACAGAGAGGAUUUGUAGCAUUUCAUAGAUUAAGCCUAAAUUUCAGUCAAAUUUAAAUUGAGGAAUAUGAACACAGUACCACACAUCUAUAUAUAUUCUGGCUAUGAAUGCGAACAAAGGAGUAUCUAAAAUGAACCUACUGAAAGCGGUCUCUUGAUUUGGAUGAGGUGUAAUAGCCAAAAUUUUUGGCAUCUUUGCUAGGAUAUUUGUGCGCCAACCAAUAUGGAGAAAGGCAACCGUUGAAAGGUAAAUACCGAUUGGAAAAUGUCACUUGAUGUUAAGUCGGUUUUCUGUUCCUCUCCCUCCCGCCGAUGCUACGAAGUGAAGAAAUGAGACUCAGUGUACAUUACCACAAAUAAUCACAUUUAUACUAUGAGUGUUUUAAACCAAGUUGUAAGACUACAUAUGAGCCGUGCCAUGGGAAAACCAACAUAGUGGGUGUGCGACCAGCAUGGAUCCAGACCAGCCUGCGCAUCCGCGCAGUCUGGUCAGGAUCCAUGCUGUUCGCUAACAGUUUCUCCAAUUCCAAUAGGCUUUAAAAGCAAACAGCAUGGAGCCUGACCAGACUGCGCGGAUGCGCAGGCUGGUCUGGAUCCAUGCUGGUCGCACACCCACUAUGUUGGUUUUCCCAUAGCACGGCUCAUAUUACAAAAAUGUAUUCCCGUAAGUACAGAAAUAAUUGUCAGCAAUUAAAUGGCAGACUUACCUUUUCUUCUGAAUAGUUUUACCUUGUUUUGUACGUUCAAUAAAUCAUGUAAAUGGUAGACUUACCCUCUCGCUGAAUAGUUUUACUUUGUUUUGUACGUUCAAUAAAUCAUGUAAAUGGUAGACUUACCCUCUCGCUGAAUAGUUUUACCUUGUUUUGUACGUUCAAUAAAUCAUGUAAAUGGCAGACUUACCCUCUCGCUGAAUAGUUUUACCUUGUUUUGUACGUUCAAUAAAUCAUGUAAAUGGUAGACUUACCCUCUCGCUGAAUAGUUUUACUUUGUUUUGUACGUUCAAUAAAUCAUGUAAAUGGUAGACUUACCCUCUCGCUGAAUAGUUUUACCUUGUUUUGUACGUUCAAUAAAUCAUGUAAAUGG